GAUGCGCAAUAUGCAGAAAUGGAAGCAAGUCCUUUGGAUUACGUUGCCCAAGCAUGUGCAGAUUUAUCCGCAGCUAUUUCAGACAUUGAUAACGAUAAUGAAAGAAAUUCCUUAAUAACUAGUCACAUCAGAAAAGUUUGGUCAACUGUUCCAGCAGUGGCUGACUUCGAAAAGCAAUUGGAAUGGGUGAAUGUUCCCGAACCCUUAUCUCUUCAGCAAUGUGCAUCUAAAAUUGUGCUUUUGGAUUUUUGGACCUAUUGCUGCAUUAAUUGUUACCAUGUUUUACCUGACUUGGCGUUUUUGGAAACAUUGUUUAAAGUUGAAGAUGGUCUUGUUGUUAUUGGAGUCCAUUGUGCAAAGUUCCCCAAUGAAAAAGAUACAGAAAAUAUAUUGGCUGCAGUAAAGAGAUAUGGAAUUCAUCAUCCGGUAGUAAAUGACAGUAAUAGCACUAUGUGGGACACAUUGGGCAUCAAAUGUUGGCCUACUUUGCUUCUUCUAGGACCAGGCAAUAAACCGGUUUUUGUUCUUACGGGCGAAGGACAUAGAGAGGAACUUAUUAUGUAUACUAGAGCUCUAAUAAACCAUUUUGAAAACAAAAUAUCCCAUGCUUCAUUACCAACAGAUCCGCUGGCGCACAUCAAAGCUGAAAAAAGUGAAUUUCUUUCUUAUCCUAGCAAGUUGUGUCUUAAUCCGUUUUAUCGUGGUCGAGCCGAACAGCCGUUUCUCGCCAUCUCCGACACUGGACAUCAUCGUGUGCUACUCACAGACUGUUCUGGAAUUAUCUUGAAGAUAGUCGGGGGACCAGAACGAGGAUCGAAGAACGGAAAGUUCCACGAGGCAAGGUUUGAUUCGCCCCAAGGUCUUUGUUGGUUAUCCAGCUCAAUAUUAGUAGUGUGUGACACCAACAACCACCUCAUCCGAGCCAUCUAUCUUGAUGAAGGCAAUGUGGAUGUCCUCGCAGGGAACGGCAAGCAAUCUGAAGCGGGAGAUCAAGGUGGCAAAUGUCUAGAGCUGCAAUCAAUAUCAUCGCCGUGGGACAUCCUUUUGUACACGACAGCAGACAUGGACAUGUCGGUGAGACCCAGUCUCCCGCCGCCUCCACCGCCAAUACCGGGAUCUUCGAGCCCUGAUGUACAGGAGAUUGAUGACAAGGACGACACUGAAAAAGAUAAAAAGAAAAAGGGUGAACUACGUCGCGUGCUCAUAAUAGCGUGUGCCGGAUCUCAUCAAAUAUGGGCCGUGUUCCUUGAUAAUACCAUUUGGUGGAAGUACAAGUCGUAUGGUCAGGGUACGUGCGUGCGUAUCGCCGGUACCGGUGCGGAGGCUGCACGGAAUAGCGCGUACCCCAUCACAGCGGCGUUCGCGCAACCUUCAGGACUUACACUUCGAAACGGACCAUGUCCGGAAAUAUUCAUCGCUGAUUCAGAAAGUUCCUCGAUCAGACGACUGGCGCUUACAACCGGGCAUGUAUCUACAUUAUGUGGAGGCGACAAGAAUCCUAUGAAUUUGUUUGCGUUCGGAGAUCAAGACGACAUCGGGGUCGAUGCAAAGUUCCAACACCCUCUAGCGGUGGCUUACUGCGAACAAAAUAAAACCCUGUACGUAGCCGACACUUACAACAAUAAGAUAAAGAAAGUUGACAUCGGCCUGCAGAAGGUAACUUCACUGUAUCCAGUUAUGAUCGAGACGACCGACCUGGUGGAGUUCGCCGAGCCGUCGGGCAUGUCCGUGAGCUUGGACGGAAAAUACUUGUAUAUAGCCGACACCAACAACCACAGUAUAAAAAUAUUGAACAUAGCUAAGAACGUUUGUCAACUGUUCAGAGUUCGGAUGCCCGAAGCGAAAUUCACAGAACCAGAUAACUUGGUGAUAUACAAGAACGAUUUGUUUGUCAAUAGAAAGAACGGGAGUCUUGUUAUCCACUUUAAUGUUAGCUUAGACAGUGCCGAGUUCAAAAACGUUAAAUUUACACCCGGCGCGCCGCAGAACUGGCAAAUUUGCAUUCGAGAUGACGAGAGCAAAGACGUAACGAGCGAACAUUUCGAGUUCAUCGGUUGCACGAAUAAGGGAACGAAGCUGCCCGGCCGAGUGGAAAUGAAACUUAAAGCGCGCACGGACAAGACGCAUUAUCGCUUCUACUUGAGUUUUCACACGUCGUUGUGCGAGAAGACAUGUUUCUAUCAUUCGUUCACCGUUCGCUCGACAAUUCUGGUUCGUGAUUCGGUGAAGAUGGUCGAGUCGUAUAAGAUUACGUGUAAGGUUAAUCCGACUACCAGUCGGCCAGAUGCUAAGCCUAAGUGAUUUAAUAUUAUUUUGUUAUCAAUCACUUAUUACGAUUUGCUUAGAUAAUUUAUACUUCUAGAUGGAGUCUCUUGCUGCUAGACCGAUGAAAAUAGGCCAGUCUUAUUUCUUUAGUGUGCGUGACAAGCUACGUCUUACACUCGCGAUUUGUAUAUUACUUUGUGUCAGUGUGCGGACAUUGCUUAAAAUAGGGGUUAACUGUUAACCCCAAUUUUUUUCUACGUUUUCGCAGCUAUCAUCUCUGUCUAGACAUAUAAAUGAUCUAACACGAAUUUAUAAUUGAUAAGGUUUUUAGUUUAAUUAAAUAAUGAAUUAUUUUUGUUCGUUAAAUGUUCUGUUUCCAUUUACAAAGUACAGGAACAAGACAAAAUUUGUGUAAAUAAACAUAAUAGUUAACUAAUAUUUUUUAUACAACUUUUGUAUAACUUCGUAUACAGUAAGUAUUGUUUGAAUUUUGAAUGGGAACCUGACGUCAUACGUCACUAAGAUGGCUGCCUGGCCCCGUCUCUUCGUGCGGGAGUAAUUAUAUUAACAACGUAUAUAUAAUAAGAUUAUUACAUGACUAAGUAUGUACAGUUUCAUACACGGACUUAUCUACGCUAUAUGAACUUCUGUGAAAAGGAUUGAAACAGUAAGCUUAUUAAUCGAUUCGAUGGUUAUUUAUUAAGUCAGUGGUUGGUUGAAUAUAUAUAAGCUAUCCAUUGCAAGGUGGAGAUAAACAAACAAGUACCUAUAGCUAAGCUGUACAAGCGUAACUAUUUCAAUUAAAUUACAAGUGUAAUAAAGUUUUAUAUAUUUAGUAAUUAAAAAGAUCUGUAUAAUAUAA